UAACUAUAUAAACUACCAUUCCAAAUUUCCAACUCGUUUGUCUUUUGACUUUAAAACUGAGAAAAAUAAAAAUAAAAUAAAAUAGAUCUCUCAUCAAAGGAAAAAUAUUCCUUUCAAUUUUCUUUCACAAUAAUAUCUCCUUCCUUUGCCCUUUCGCUCGGUUUUGGAUUUUUAUAUUUUUCCCUUGCAGUUGAGUUCAGCGAAGAACAUCUUCAUCAAAUUUUGUCUUCCAGCCCACCUCCGAUAAAUUAAUUACCUCUUAGUUGCGAUUACUUCAUCUAGUCUUUACACUGUAAUUGAUUUGUACUCUACUUAAUGAACUGAACCCCACCAAUCCAUCGUCUUCAGCAGCACAAAGAAAGCUACCAGUCUUCUUCAAUCCGUACAAUCUCCCAUAUUGCGUAAUUGCAUGAACUGAUUCCUUCUUCAUCGAAAUCGGUGAUUGAGGAAAACAGUUGGGCAGAUUCGUUGGAUAAAAAUGAUGGGCUCUGAGAAUAAUGAAGAAGCCCAUCUCCAGGCUCCGAGAGAAGGCGGUAUGGAAAGCGUCGCCCUUGACGACGGCGGCGAUGCCAACGGCGGCGGGGACUGUAACGGCGGUGGUUUGACUUCUAAUUACAGAAGUGCCAUGCCCACUCUCUCCUCCUCCUUCUCCUCAUCCUCCUUGCACCAUCCUCUCUCCGUCCCUACUCCCGCCGACUCCGAUCCCCUUCUCGCCCCACCGUCGCCCUCGGUGAAAUCUCCCAAUUCGAUCAAAAUUGCAAAUAACCACCAUGAAAAGAACUCUUAUCUUGAUCAUCCUUCUUAUGCCGACGUCAUUUUCAGCCCCCUUGACGAACCCACCAGUCCAAUUGAUUCCAAUGGAGGAAGUCCGGAUGGGGAUUCCAAUAAGUUUACAUUUUCAUCAAGAUCUCAAUCUGACAGCUCGGAGUACUUGGAAAUUGUGGUUUCCCAUCCGCAGAAAGAGGCCCAGGCAUCGGCUUCGAUUGUGCCCGGUAAUAAUACCUAUGUCACUUAUCUAAUUACGACUAAAACGAACCUUGCGGAUUACGGAGGAUCUGAAUUUAGUGUUAGGAGGAGGUUUAAGGAUGUUGUAACAUUGUCUGAUCGGUUGACUGAAGCUUAUAGAGGGUUUUUCAUUCCUCCGAGGCCGGACAAGAGCAUAGUGGAAAGUCAAGUGAUGCAUAAACAGGAAUUCGUGGAGCAGAGGAGAGUGGCAUUGGAGAAGUACUUGAGAAGGUUGGCGGGUCAUCCUGUUCUCAAAAAGAGUGAUGAGCUUAGGGUGUUCUUGCAGGUGCAGGGAAAGCUUCCCUUGCCUACUAGUGUCGAUGUGACCUCCAGAAUGCUGGAUGGGGCCGCUAAGCUGCCAAAGCAGUUAUUUGGGGAUUCAACAAGUGUGAUGGGUCCUCAAGAUGUUGUGCAGCCAGCUAAAGGUGGGAGGGAUUUGUUGAGAUUGUUUAAGGAGUUGAAACAAUCUGUGGCAAAUGAUUGGGUUGGGUCUAGGCCCCCGGCGGAAGAGGAGGAUAAGGAGUUUCUUGAGAAGAAAUUGUGGUUGAAUGGUCUUGAGCAGCAUCUCAGUAAUGCAUCAAAACAGGCUGAGUCCCUCGUUAAAGCACAACAAGAUUUGGGUGAGACAAUGGGUGAAUUAGGCCUAGCACUUAUAAAAUUGACAAAAUUUGAGAAUGAGGAAGCUCUGUUAAAUACUCAAAGGGUUCGUGCUGCUGAUAUGAAGAACCUGGCAACUACAGUUGUGAAAGCAAGCAGAUACCAUAGAGGGUUAAAUGCACAGACUGUAAAGCAUUUGGAUACACUACAUGAAUAUAUGGGUCUAAUGUGGGCUAUGCACAAUGCUUUCUCAGAUCGUUCAAGUGCUUUGUUGACAGUUCAAACUCUUCUUUCGGAGCUAUCUUCUUUGCGCUCAAGAGCUGAAAAACUGGAAACUGCAUCUUCCAAAAUAUUCGGUGGUGACAAGUCACGAAUUCGCAAAUCAGAGGAACUGAAGGAAGCUAUUAGAAACACCGAGGACGCGAAGUGCUGUGCUAUCAGGGAAUAUGAACGCAUCAAGGAAAAUAACAAGAGUGAAAUUGAAAGGCUGGACAAAGAAAGGAAGACUGACUUUUUAGUUAUGUUGAAAGGUUUUGUGAGUUGUCAGGUACGUCACCUCCCCCGUUAUCUAAUAGUUUUCUGCGUGGUCACCUCAAAGGUUUUAGUUUCUGUAGAAAAGUAGCAUGAUAUCUCUUUAUCUUAACUUUAGCUGGCACGAUGAGGUGAUUGAAUUAAAUAAGGCAUAUAUCAAUUUUACUUUUCCUGUAUUAUUGAGUAGUAGAGUCUUUUCCAGUUUCCUUCUUCCACAUUAGAUUAUGAGUAUUGGCCAAACCAUUUUUCUUCCAUAUUAGGUCAUGCCAUAUGAUGAAUGGUUAAUAGAUUAUGAAUAUUGUCCAAACCAUUUUUCUUCCAUAUUAGGUGAUGCCAUGUGAUGACUGGUGAAUGAUGAAUGGUUACUGAUGGAGCACAAUGCCAACAUAUUAUCUAUAUAACCCUUCUUGUUGUAUUAUUAGACCAUGCCAUGUUCUGAAUUUUUUUAUCUUCAAUCUCUUGAACCAUUUCGCUUAUUGGGAAGCAUCCUUUAAAUUGUAUGCAUUAUAGUUAGCACUCUCAAAUUCAAGUUGAUAUUAGGACUUGGAGAUCUCGAAUGUGACUGUAGUUUAUUUAUGGUAUGAGCCAACUAAACAAUGCACCAAAACGUAGAAGUCUUUUAAACUGCUGUUAUGGUAUGAGCCAACUAAACAAUGCUCCAAAACAUAGAAGUCUUUUAUACUGCUGUUAUUGUAAAAUUCAUGUGCUUUCCUAAUACUUGGUUUUCCGCUUAACGUGACAGGUUACGUACAUGGAGAAAAUAGGAAAUGAGUGGACAAAAGUUGCAGAAGAAACCAUGAGAUAUUCAAAGGACACGGCAUGAUGAAGAAAUUUAUUUUUUGGCAUCUCCGUCACCAUUUUUCCCUACGCAUUUCGGCUUUGUUAUUGUUUCAUUUCCAUUAGGAAACAGAGUAUACAGAGUAGUGUCUGCUAACUAGUACUUCAUUUGAGUUCUUGAAUGUUGAAAGUACAUAUGCAAUGAUACCUUCUGAACUUCUUCUUACAAAUCGAAAUGAUUAAAUUGUAAACGUAAUAAUUUUGCAGAGUACACUGGUUCCCCAAAAAUUCUUAAUAUUUCCUGGAACAGUAAUGGCCGGGUGAGGUUGUAUUUAACAUUCUUGGUUUGAUAUCACUUUCUGGGAUUAGGAUACUUUUCUAAGAAUAAUGUUAAGGUUUAUACAUUAAGGACACGGG